CCAGCCCCAAUAACCCCACUCCCAGUCGCUCCCAUUCCCUCCCAGUCCCCCCCGCCAUGUCCUCCUGCGCCACCGAGGUUCUCCGUUUCCAACUGCCGGGCCACGAGGCCGCGGCUCUUCGCUCCAUGACGCGGCUCCGGGCCGAGGAACGUUUCUGCGACGUCACCAUCGUGGCCAGGAGCCUCCGGUUCCGCGGCCACCGAGUCAUCCUGGCGGCCUGCUCGCCGUUCCUCCGCGACCAAUUCCUGCUGAACCCGGCGGCCGAGCUGCGCGUGUCGCUGGCCCACAGCGCCCGCGUGCUGGCCGACCUGCUGCUCUCGUGUUACACCGGCGCCCUGGAGUUCGCCGGCAGGGAUUUGGUGAAUUACCUGACGGCGGCGAGUUACCUGCAGAUGGAACACGUGGUGGAACGGUGCCGGGGAGCUUUGGCUCGUUUCAUCCAGGCCCCGCCGGCCGCGCCGGCGCAGACGCCGAAACCCGAGGAGGACGAGGAAGAGGAAGACGAGGAAGACGCGGCGCCCGACGUUUGCAUCGUCAAAGUGGAACCGGCGGUGACGCCGCGCCGGCGGGGACGCAGGUGGCCGGCGGCGGUCGGCGGGGAGCUGGCGGCGGCCGCUCAAGGAGGGCCGGCGGCGGCCGGGGCGGCGGCGGCGCAAGCGGAGGCGCCGUGCCCGCCGCAGCUGGGGGUGGUCAAGGCUUGUUACAGCCUGGCCGAAGACGCCGAAGGCGAGGGGUUGCUCAUCUUUCCCGGCGGCGGCGGCGGCGCCGAAGAAGCCGCGGGGAGCGCGGGCGCCGUCGGAACCCCGGGGGCCGCCGCGGCCGCGCCGACGGCGGCCGCGCCUUCUCCGUCUUCGUCCUCGUCGUCCUCGCGCUGCGGGAAGUGCGGCGAAGCUUUCCAAGGGGUGGAGAAGUUGGUUUUCCACAUGCGAGCGCAGCAUUUCGUCUUUAUGUGCCCGCGUUGCGGCAAGCAGUUCAACCACAGCAGCAACCUGAACCGGCACAUGAACGUGCACCGGGGAGUGAAAUCUCACGGGUGCGGCGUCUGCGGCAAGAGUUUCACCCAGAAAUCCACUUUGCACGAUCACCUGAACCUGCACAGCGGAGCUCGGCCUUACCGCUGCUCCUACUGCAACGUGCGCUUCGCUCACAAGCCGGCGAUCCGGCGGCACCUGAAGGAGCAGCACGGGAAAACCACGGCGCAGAACGUUCUGGAAGCUGGAGCUGCCGAGGGGGGGGUGUUGCUGCGCUGACCCCCGCGGGGGAGGACCCGGCGUCGG